AGCCUCCCUGAAUUUACACAUGACACAUACCAACGUUACAUGACACACACACCAAUGUUAAACUACAACCAUGAUUCUAGUUCUACCUCUCCUAUAACUCCAUCUGGGUUUUCUUUUCUGAUUUUCUUUUUCAUGAUUUUGAAUUGGUAGCCAUUUUUCCUGCGUCCCUAUAUAGAACCCGGUUCUCUUUUUCAUUUUUAGCAAAAGGUAGGGACUUUUAACAAUGUCUUCGUCCAGUUAUGCUAGAAGGAGUACCUUCUUUUAUCUGAUUCUUGCAGUGCUUGUUGCAAAAGCUAGCUUUUGCUUUUCUGCCAAGGUUUAUGUAGUGUACAUGGGAAGCAAAACUUGCCAAGACUCAGAUGAUAUUCUGAAGCACAACCAUCAAAUGCUUGCUGCUGUUCACAGUGGAAGUAUUGAGCAAGCCCAAGCUUCCCAUGUUUAUAGCUACAGACAUGGUUUCAGAGGCUUUGCAGCCAAGCUGACUGAUGAUCAGGCUUACCAAAUUUCAAAAAUGCCAGGAGUGGUUUCUGUUUUUCCCAAUUCUAAAAGAAAGCUGCACACCACUCAUUCAUGGGACUUCAUAGGACUUCUGGACAAAAAAACCAUGGAGAAUAAAGGGUUCUCCACCAAAAACCAAGAAAAUAUCAUCGUUGGUUUCAUUGAUACGGGAAUUUGGCCUGAAUCCCCAAGCUUUAGAGACAGCGACAUGCCACCAGUGCCACGCGGAUGGAAGGGCCAUUGUCAAUUAGGAGAAGCAUUCAAUGCUUCAUCUUGCAACAGGAAAGUGAUAGGAGCUAGAUACUAUAUGAGUGGAUAUGAAGCAGAAGAAGGGUCAGACAGAAAAGUCUCUUUCAGAUCUCCAAGGGAUAGCUCUGGUCAUGGGAGCCAUACAGCUUCCACAGCAGCAGGACGCUACGUGGCAAACAUGAAUUAUAUGGGGCUGGCAGCUGGAGAAGCUAGGGGAGGUGCACCUAUGGCUAGGAUUGCUGUGUACAAAACAUGUUGGGAUUCUGGUUGCUAUGAUGUUGACUUACUAGCUGCCUUUGAUGAUGCAAUAAGAGAUGGGGUUCACAUUAUAUCAUUGUCUCUGGGUACUGAAGCUCCCCAAGGUGACUAUUUCGAUGAUGCCAUAUCUGUGGGAUCGUUCCAUGCUGCUAGUAGAGGAGUGCUGGUGGUAGCAUCAGUUGGGAAUGAAGGAAGUCCUGGUUCUGCAACUAACCUCGCACCAUGGAUGAUCACUGUUGCUGCUAGCUCAACAGAUAGGGAUUUCACCUCUGAUAUAAUGUUAGGAAAUAGCAUUAACAUCACGGGUGAAAGUCUGAGUCUCUUGGAAAUGAAUGCCUCCAGAAGAAUAAUUUCUGCAUCUGAAGCCUUUGCAGGAUAUUUUACUCCUUACCAAUCCAGUUACUGUUUAGAUAGUUCCUUAAAUAAGACCAAGACCAAAGGGAAGGUUUUGGUGUGUCGACAUGCUGAGAGUUCAACUGACUCAAAGUUGGCAAAAAGUAAAGUAGUGAAAGAGGCAGGUGGAGUUGGGAUGAUACUUAUUGAUGAGGCAGAUCAACAUGUUGCCAUCCCCUUUGUGAUACCUUCAGCUUCUGUUGGAAGAAAAACAGGAGAACGGAUUCUAUCCUAUAUCAAUAGCACACGUAUGCCUAUGUCAAGGAUUUUCGGAGCCAAGACAGUAUUAGGAGUUCAGCCAGCACCCCGUGCAGCAGCAUUUUCUUCUAAAGGCCCCAAUGCCUUAACCCCAGAAAUUUUGAAGCCUGAUGUUAUGGCUCCCGGAUUAAACAUCCUCGCAGCAUGGUCUCCAGCAGCAGCUGGAAACAUGAAGUUCAAUAUUCUAUCAGGAACUUCUAUGGCUUGUCCUCAUGUAACUGGAAUUGCAACCUUAGUGAAAGCUGUUCAUCCUUCAUGGUCUCCAUCUGCUAUCAAAUCAGCAAUCAUGACAACUGCAACAAUUCUGGAUAAGAACCACGAACCAAUUACAGCAGAUCCUGAUAGAAGGGCUAAUGCAUUUGAUUAUGGAUCAGGGUUUGUGAACCCCGCAAGAGUUCUUGAUCCUGGUCUGGUCUAUGAUUCACAGCCAGAAGAUUUUGUUGCGUUCCUGUGUUCACUUGGUUAUGAUGAGAGGUCACUCCAUCUUGUAACAAGAGACAACAGCACAUGUGAUGGGGCAUUCAAAACACCAUCUGACCUCAACUAUGCAUCUAUUACAGUGCCCAAUCUGGAAGACAACAUUUCAGUAACUCGAGUUGUCACCAAUGUUGGACAAGCAAGAAGUAUAUAUGAAGCUGUAGUGUCGUCUCCUGCUGGAGUUAAUGUUACUGUUGUGCCAAACAGGUUAAUCUUCACAAAAAUAGGACAGAAAAUUAAGUUUUCAGUGAAUUUCAAAGUGGUAGCUCCCUCAAAGGGCUAUGCAUUUGGGUUCUUGUCAUGGAGGAACAGAAGAUCACAAGUCACUAGUCCUUUAGUUGUACGGGUUGCACCAGCAAGCCUUGGGUUGGUCAGAUAACAAUGUCUAUACAUAUAUAUAUACAUUAGCUUAGGAGUGUGAGAUCCUUGUAGAGUUGUAGUCACUAUAGAACAAUCAGUCAUACUUAAAUCCUGAUACAGUAUAGAUGAUCACUGCCAAACUUACAUUAAGUUAUAUGCUUUAAGCAGUUAGCGGUACCAAACACAGAAUUUAAGAAAUGAUAUCUUGAUGCCCUGAACUUACUCUCAGAUUCAUUAUCAUUAUUUGUCAGUUGU